AUGCACUGGUCGAUUAGAGGCUUAGGCUCAACAGGCUUUGUUUCAUGCACGGAUGGCUUGACGGUCCUUAAAGGCUAUCAAUUAUGGGAGAAUGGGAAACUCUGUGCAUGUCGUGAAACACCGUGUGAAGAUAUCAUUUCUCGAGAAGCAACCAUAUACGAAAUUCUUGGUCAACAUCCACAGAUUCUACGUUUCUUUGGACGAGAAGAGGUGCAUCCAAAUGUGCACUCUCUCCGCUUAGAGCUUGCUCCCCUAGGCAACAUUCGACAAUACAUUGAAGAACAUCAUGACAAACCACCCCCAGAACAUAUCCGUCUUCAUAUGGCUCUCGACACUUCUUUAGGGUUGGAUUAUCUACAUUUAAAAGGGGUGCGACACUCAGAUUUAAGCUGUCGGAAUCUUUUCCUAUUUACCGACUACCGCGUCAAAAUCGGCGACUUUGGGGGAUCUGUCCUCGAAGGUUCUGGUUUUGAAGAAAUUGUCAGUGAGGAAGUUUCUUAUGAAUUACCUCGUCGAGGAAGAGACUUUCAGGAACGACCAGUUAUGAAGAGAGAGCUCUUCGCUUUGGGAUCUGCUAUUUAUGAAAUAAUGGCGUGGAAGAAGCCUUUCUCGGGACUUAGUGAUGACGAAGUAGAGGCAAGGUAUGAUCGUGAGGAAUUUCCCUGCCUUCAUGAGAUUCGAAUCGCUACAGUUAUUCAAAAUUGUUGGGAUGAAAAAUACGAGAACACUGGUCAAAAAGAACGACGACGAAGAAAUCAUCCUAGCAUGCAAAUGACAAAGUCCAGGGAGUAA